AUGUGCGAUGCUAUCGUGUACAAGAGCGAAGAGAGCAAUUUGUACUAUAUCGAGUGUGACACGCAGAUCGCCGACUCUUUGCAGAAGCAUCUGAAGAUGUAUCGCGUAAGGCGAAAGAUAGAUAUCGAACACGUGGGUGACAGGAUCAAUGUUUGGUCGGUGUUUGAUUCUACCGAUGAAUAUCCUGAUAAGAAAGAUUCCACGGACGUGAAGGAAACGCGUGAACUGGAAGGAAUGAUAUUUCCGUGUAGCACGCUGAGCGGUAAAACUAGCAAGUUUGUCGACAGCGUUAUGAUAUACGAAGAUCCUAGGCUGCCCGACUUGGGUCUUAGAAUUCUUGCCGAGUCACAGAUUGGUGGACAUGAGAUAAUCAGACAUUUGGAUGCCGGCGUGUCAGAGAACGUCGGCGAUUAUAAGGCAUUUCGGUAUAAGCUAGGAGUAGGGGAGGGCAUGCAUGAUCUACCACCUGGGAAAGCGUUGCCUUUGGAAAUCAAUUGCGAUUAUUUGCAUGGCGUUAGCUUUCACAAAGGCUGCUACGUCGGUCAGGAAUUAACUGCGCGCACGUAUCACACAGGUGUGGUCAGGAAACGCCUGAUGCCCUUGCUGCUUGACGAUAUUCCGGAUAAACCGCUCGCAUACGAUGAGAAAAUUCUCAACGAAUCCGACAAAGUGGUAGGAAAAUUUCGGGGUUGCGUCGAUAAGUACGGAUUAGGCUUGAUGCGUAUAAAUGAAUCUCUCAGUGCCCAACGGCUCAGUGUAUCCGGUAUAAACGUAAGAGUGGUGAAACCUGCGUGGUGGCCCCAAGAAUUACAGAGAGAAACGGUUCUCAUUAAAGAUACGAAGUAAUACGCGACCUUUCAAGUAACCAUUUUGUAGGAGAUGCGUAUACACACGUGAUACAUAAACUGUAAUAACAUAAACUUGCAAAUGUAAAAUAAAUUUCUACCUAAAAGCCUAA